AUGGCUGUUCGCGCUCAAUUUGAGAACUCCAACGAGGUUGGUGUGUUCGCAACCUUGACGAAUUCGUAUGCAAUUGUUGCUAUCGGAGGAUCAGAGAACUUUUACAGUGUCUUUGAGGCUGAAUUACAAGAUGUGAUUCCCAUUUGCCAUGCAUCCAUUGGUGGUACUCGCAUAGUCGGUCGAUUAACCGCAGGAAACCGCAAAGGUCUUCUCGUGCCCACAUCCACAACAGAUCAAGAACUACAACAUUUGCGAAACUCGAUUCCAGAAUCGGUAAAAGUACAGAGAGUGGAAGAGAGGCUGUCUGCGUUGGGAAAUGUGAUAUGUUGCAAUGAUCAUGUUGCGCUUAUACACCCUGAUCUUGAGCGGGAAACGGAGGAGAUAAUCGCCGACGUCCUCGGUGUCGAAGUAUUCCGACAGACCGUCGCAGACAACGUCCUUACCGGCUCAUACAUGGCUCUCUCCAACCAAGGCGGAAUCGUGCAUCCCAAAACCUCUAUUCGAGACCAAGACGAGCUUUCAUCGCUCCUCCAAGUACCUCUCGUAGCCGGCAGUGUGAACCGCGGUAGCUCCGUGGUCGGGGCCGGUAUGGUGGUGAACGACUGGCUUGCAGUGACGGGUCUGGAUACCACGGCCACAGAGCUCAGUGUUAUGGAGAGUGUGUUCCGACUUGGUGAGAUGGGUGCCAAGGGAUUGGGUUUGAAGAUUGAUUUGGCGUAUGGAGUAGCAUCAAAAAAAGGUCACGCAGCACAUGAUAUCAGAGAACACGCGAGCUCUGUAUGA